AUGGGGCUGUCUCCGCUUCGGUGCUCGGGGCUGGGCAUCACCCGAACGAGAGGACGCUUUAUUUGUGGUGACCGGGAGCAGUUUCUCCGACGUGUUUGUGCUUGCGUGAGGAAGGGGAAGGAGGGAACCAUAAAAACCGUCAAAGGACUUCUGGCUCCGAAGCGGCGUAGAAAGCGCCGGCGGAGGGGAGAUACGUGUGCGGAGCAAGGCGAAGGCUGGCAGGGCAGGGAGGGAGGGCUGCCGGACAGCACCGCACCGGGCUGCGGGCCCUGCCCUCCCCGGGGGAAGCUGUUCCUGGCUCCCGCACUCCGCUGGGUCGGGCCCCGCGGCGCCGUCGCCGCUGCAGGCGCUCCGCAGGUGUUGUCACAGAAAGCCCCGAGCGCGGACGCCGCAUUUCAAACCCCGGCGGCGAGCGCGGCCCUGCGCGGCACCGCGCCGGGCGGGCGGGCGGGAGCCGCCCGCGGGAAAACACGGCACGGAUCCCCCGGCGCCGCCCACGCCAUCCCGCCCGGGCAUUGCCGGGGACUAAUGAAAGGGCGGGCUGGGAGCGGGCCGCCGUCGGGGCGGUGGGGUGAGGACGGGGCAAGGCGUGCCACGGGAACUCCAACGCCGCCUAUCCCGGACGCCUCCGACGGCUCUCCCGAGCGGUUCUCUUUUCCUUUCUUUCUUUCCUCCGCACCCUUCUUCCCGCCACGCCUGCCCUCUCCGUCCGACUGUUGCGGCCGUCUACGCCACUUUCAUGGCUCAGGGUCCCCUAAGGGCAGUCCCCCCUUCGAGCCGGCCGAGCUUCACCUUCCCCCCAAACUGCGCCGGCUCUACGGGCCGGGCGGGGGCCGGCUGCUGCCGCCGCGGGCGGCAGGGCCGCGCGGGGACCGGCCAGAGGGACGACCGGAGGGGGGCGCGGGCCCCGUGCCCGCCGCCGCCCCGUGGGACACGCUGAAGAUCAGCCAGGCGCCCCAGGUCAGCAUCAGCCGCAGCAAAAGCUACCGUGAAAACGCGCCCUUCGUGGCGCCGCCGCCCGCCCGGGACGAGCUGGGCAGCCCCGCCGCGCACGUCGAGGAACGGCCGGGCCCUGCCGCGCCGGCCGCGGAGGAGGAAGAGGAGGAAGAGGACGAAGAGAUGCUGGAGGAGGACGAGGACGAGGAGGAAGAGGAGCUGGAGGACGAGGAGGAGGAGGAGCUGCUAGGCGAGGACGGCGGAGGGCUGCUGAAGGAUGCCCGCCGGGCCGCUACCGCGGCCCCCGGGGCGGAGGGCGGGGAUCUGUCCCCCAAGGAGGAGCUGCUGCUGCACCCCGAGGAUGGCGAAGGCAAGGACGGCGAGGAGAGCGUCUGCCUCUCGGCCGGCAGCGACUCCGAGGAGGGGCUGCUCAAGAGGAAGCAACGCCGCUAUCGUACCACCUUCACUAGCUACCAGCUGGAGGAGCUGGAGAGGGCCUUCCAGAAAACACACUACCCCGACGUCUUCACCAGGGAGGAGCUGGCCAUGAGGCUCGAUCUGACAGAAGCCCGAGUGCAGGUGAGUGGCGGCGGCGGGACCGGGACCGGGACCGGCGCGUCCCUCGGCGGUGCCCAGGGGAAGGGUGGCCCGGCCCUCCUCGGUGGCUUCCCCGGCCCCGCCGGGGCCGAGCUAUCGGUUGACGAAUCUCCGUUUUCCCUGCGUGCACGCGUGGCCUCUGCUUUGCUCGGGGCGGGGGCUGCUGGUAUUUGGCCGUUCGGGGUGAACAGAAGCCGCGACAUCCCGGGCGCCGUGAGCCGCUCCAGCCGCGGGGGGAACGUCACGCUCAGAUUUUUAGUCGCGGCCACGAGUAGCUUGCACGGGUUUGCGUCGGGACGAGCUCCCGCGGGAGCCGCGGUCCGUCCUGCGCUCCUCCGGGCGGAGAGUCCGCGGGCGAAGCGCGGGAAGCGCCGGGCGGCUCCGGCAGCGCUGCCUGCCCAGGACCGGGGGCCUCCCCCCGCACAUUCCCCUGUCGGGCGGCUGCAGCCCCCGACCUCUGCCGCCCUGGCCGUGGCAGCGGCGGACCUGGGAGGACCAGGCUCAGCGAUUUUUCCUCCCUUUCUCUUUCUCCCCCGAAAAAAAUCUCUUGCCGGGUAUUUCCAGCAAGUCUCUGUCCCCUCGCGUCCGCGCUUGGCGGGAAGGAGGCGAGCGGGGCCGUGCGGAGCCGGCGGUCCCCGGCGCGGCGGUGACGGCCGUCUCUGCUUCCUUUGCAGGCUCUUUUCCACCAUGUCCCCCUUGGGCAGCGCCUCCAGCGCCGCGGCCCUGCUGCGGCAGCCGGCGCCGGCCGCCGAGGGCGCGGUGGGCUCGGCGGGGCUGGGGGACCCGGCCAGCGCCGCCGCCGACCGGCGGGCAUCCAGCAUCGCCGCCCUGCGGCUGAAGGCCAAGGAACACGCCGCCCAGCUCACCCAGCUCAACAUCCUCCCAGGGAACAGCACGGGGAAAGAGGUGUGCUAAGGCACGGCUGCCGUCCGCGGCGGGCGGGUUAGGGUUUUUUUUAGGGGGGAGAGAAAAAAGAGAGAGGGAGAGGAGAGUAAAUACGCGAAUCAAUAAAGGUCACCUCAAACAGCAUGAAUCAAGACCAAACGGGGGGAAAAAUAAUAAUGAUUUUUUAAAAAAAGAGGACCAGCAGCUGAGACUGCAGUAGGUUCUCAAGUUAGGAACUUGGAGAAAGCAAAUGCCUCUCGCAUCAGCCCUCACACGAGUGAAACGACACUUAAAACCUCCUGAAUAAGUCACUCCUUGGCUGGCACGUUUCUUCAAUGUACGAUGUGUCCAUUUCCUCUGUGAACAUUAGGGGAGAGAAAAAAAAAAGUUAAAAAAAAAAAAACCAGAAAAAAAAGCCCUAAUAAAAGUUACUAUAUAUUAGCAUUUCGUACACUAAAUAUUUUUCCUUCUGUUUAUCUGGCAAGAAAAAAAAAAAACGAAAUAGAAUUGUAAUUAAGAAAGUGAAAAACUAAAAAAAAAAAAAACAAACAAUAGAGAAGCUAAGAGAGGGGGAAAGCUACCCACAUCUUCUCAAAAUAGCAUCUUAGGAUGUUAAGUUGGUCAUUUAGAAGCGCUGGAGAACUAUUUUACAUGUUGCAACGAGCUGCAUAUGCUAACCAAGGAUGCUGCCAGUGCAGACUGAAAGUAAAUUUGAUGCUGUAAGAUAACCAGUGCACUUAGGGGAAAGGGUAUAUCUUUUUCUUGUUAUAUUCUUUAUCACUACAACAACCAAGGUUUUUAUAUCAAACCAAAGGGAAAUACACUGCUAGAAUAUGGACUGUUUAAGUCACUAAACUGUGAUUAUUGAUUCUGUACAUACCAUUGUUAUAAAAAAAGAACAGAGCUUUGUAUAUUUGAAAAGUUAUAAAACAAUUGCACUCAGUGUAGUGUUGUAAAAGUUUGUCAUUCUGUAGAUUCUUACUGUGUUGUAGAUAUAAUAGGAUUCCUAGACAAAUAUUUAUGUACAAACUCUUUAUUUAACUUAUUAACUGUAGAGGUUUCUGAAACCCUCAAGAGGCGAUGGUACAGUA